AUGUUAAAGUUGCUCUUUGCAACGUUUAUCUUCGUUUUCUCCUUGGCUGAGCUGCGCGUCUGGAACAGGAGCACGUUCAUUGGACAGCAGGGUAGCCACCCUGUUCCUGAAGCCACAGAUGGAGCGGGUGCCAGACAUUUGCAGGACUGUGAAGUGAUCGGCUGGGCGGAGCUUUGUGAACGGAAAAGGCUGACGGCCGGGUCGUGCUUUCAACUUGAGCCUACGGUGGCAGCUCCACUCUGCGAGCUGCAGGGGCCCGACAAAGCGCCCGCACAUUUGCGGCCAGCGGCUGCGGGGAUUCUGACCUUGACAUCCGGGGAGCUACGCAUCACCGGGAUUGUGGAUUUUGCAGAUGCUCACGUUGAAGCGUUGCAUGAAGUUCUAUCCGAUCCAAACUCCACCGCAUCCGGUGGCGCCUUUUUUAGUGAGGGGUCAUUCACUCUGACGAGGUCCCAUCUGACAGUGAGAGGCUCUGCGGCGGCAGAUGGUGGUGGCUUUGCAGCGGGCGGAGACCUGAAUGUGCGCCAAGACUCUGAAGUCGUGAUCGAGAACGUUUCAGCCAAGUCUGGUGCUGCCUUCUUUGCCAUGGAAAAUGUCUACAUUUCUGACAACUCAAUGAUCUUCAUUCAGAAUGCCAGAUCCACCAAAAACGGAGGUGGCUUCUUCACCAGAAAAAGCCUGCGAGUGUCCAACAGCUCAGUUGUCAGCCUUCAGAAUGCGAUUGCUGGAGAGCAUGGAGGAGGUUUCGAUGCCAGUGGAGAGGUUGAGAUAGCUGGGAAUUCGACAAUCAAUAUUUCCAACAGUCACGCUAGAAAUGGUGGAGGUUUCAGCACUGGAAAGGGCUUGAAGGUCUCCAGCAGCUCAAGGCUCAUCAUUCGGAAUGCGACUGCUGGAAGGUAUGGAGGAGGAUUCUGGGCCAAAGGCAAGACCUUGAUCAGCAGGUCCACAGUCAGCAUCGAAGAUGCCACGGUGCAGCAGUCUGGUGGGGGGUUUUGCGCAUCUGAUGAAGUUGUCAUCGAUGAGAUGUCAAGCGUCAGCAUUUCCAGCUCAAGAUCGGGAGACCAGGGCGGAGGCUUCCAUACGGACGAGCGCUUGCAGGUGACCAAGAGCUCAGUUGUCAGCCUUCAGAACGUGACCGCCGGAAGUCAUGGAGGUGGUUUCAAUGCCAUUGGAGAUGUUAAGAUAGCUGGGAAUUCAACUGUAAACAUUUCCAACAGCCGUGCUGAAUCAGGAGAUGGAGGAGGUUUUGACACUGAAAAGGGCUUGAAGGUCUUCAACGGCUCAAGGCUCACCAUUCGGAAUGCGACUGCUGGAAGGCAUGGAGGAGGAUUCUAUGCCAAAGGCAAGACCUUGAUCAGCAGGUCCACAGUCAGCAUCGAAGAUGCCACGGUGCAGCAGUCUGGUGGGGGGUUUUGCGCAUCUGAUGAAGUUGUCAUCGACGAGAUGUCAAGCGUCGGCAUUUUCAAUUCAAGAUCGAGACGAGGUGGAGGCUUCCAUACCGACAGACGCUUGCAGGUGACCAACAGCUCAGCUGUCAGCCUUCAGAACGUGAUUGCGCAGAAGUAUGGAGGUGGUUUCAAUGCCAUUGAAGAGGUUGAGAUAGCUGGGAAUUCGACAGUCAAGAUUUCCAACAGUCGAGCUGAAGCCAAAAAUGGAGGAGGUUUUGACACUGAAAAGGGCUUGAAGGUCUCCAACGGCUCAAGACUCAUCAUUCGGAAUGGGACAGCUGGAGGGUCUGGAGGAGGAUUCUAUGCCAAAGGCAGGGCCUUGAUCAGCAGGUCCACAGUCAGCAUCGAAAACGCCACGUCCCAGCAGCAUGGUGGAGGUUUUGAUGCACUUGACGAGGUUGUCAUUGGUGAGAUGUCAAGCGUCCGCAUUUCCAGUUCAAGAUCGGGAUGGGGCGGAGGCUUCUAUACGGACAGACGCUUGCAGGUGACCAAAAGCUCAGUCGUCAGUCUUGAGAAUGUGACCGCUGGAAGUCAUGGAGGAGGUUUCACUGCCCUUGGGGAGGUUGAGAUAGCUGGCCACUCGACGGUCAACAUUUCCAAUAGUCACGCUGAAUCAGGAAGUGGUGGAGGUUUUGGAACCCCAAAAGGUUUGCAGGUGUCCAACGGCUCAAGACUCAUCAUUCGGCAUGCGACUGCUGGAAAUUUUGGAGGAGGACUGUAUGCUUUGAGCAAGAUCGCGAUCAGCAGGUCCACACUUAGCAUUCAAGAUGCAGCAGCCCAGGCGUUUGGUGGAGGUUUUUUAACACUUCAGGAGGUUGUCAUUGAUGAGAUGUCAAGUCUGAGAAUUUCUGAUUCAAGAUCGCAACAGGGUGGAGGCUUCCAAUCGGAGGGACGCUUGCAGGUGACCAACAGCUCGGUUGUCAGCCUUCAGAAUGUUGAGAUAGCUGGCCACUCGACAGUCAACGUUUCCAAUAGUCACGCUGAAUCAGGACAUGGUGGAGGUUUUCGCACUAGAAAGGGCCUGAAGGUAUCCAACGGCUCAAGACUCAUCAUUCGGAAUGCGACAGCUGGAAAGGAUGGAGGAGGAUUCUAUGCCACAGGCAGGGCCUUGAUCAGCAGGUCCGCAGUCAGCAUCGAAGAUGCCACGGUGCAGCAGUCUGGCGGAGGGUUUUUUGCACUUGACGUUGUCAUUGAAGAGAUGUCAAGCGUCCGCAUCUCCACUUCAAGAUCGAUAUGGGGCGGAGGCUUCUAUACGUACAGACGCUUGCAGGUGACAAACAGCUCAGUUGUCAGCCUUCAGAACGUUGCUGCUCAGAAUAAUGGAGGAGGUUUCAAUGCCCUUGGAAAUGUUGAGAUAGCCGGGAACUCCACGGUCAACAUUUCCAACAGCCGCGCUGAAUCAGGAAGUGGAGGAGGUCUUGGCACUGAAAAGGAUUUGAAGGUGUUGACGGACUCAAGACUCAUCAUUCGGAAUGGGACAGCUGGAGGGUCUGGAGGAGGAUUCUAUGCCAAAGGCAGGGCCUUGAUCAGCAGGUCCACAGUCACCAUCCAAAAUGCCGCAGCCCAGGCGUAUGGUGGAGGUUUUGAUGCACUUGACGAGGUUGUCAUCGGUGAGAUGUCAAGUCUGAGAAUUUCCAGUUCAAGAUCGGAAUGGGGCGGAGGCUUCUAUACGGAAAGACGCUUGCAGGUGACCAACAGCUCAGUUGUGAGCCUUCAGAAUGUGGCCGCUGGAAGUCAAGGAGGAGGUUUCCAAGCCCGUGGACAGGUUGAGAUAGCUGGGAACUCAACGAUCAAAAUUUCCAAUGCAAGAUCGGGAUCGAGUGGAGGCUUCCAUACAGACGGACGCUUGCAGGUGACAAACAGCUCAGUUGUCAGCCUUCAGAACGUUGCUGCUCAGAAUAAUGGAGGAGGUUUCAAUGCCCUUGGAAAUGUUGAGAUAGCCGGGAACUCCACGGUCAACAUUUCCAACAGCCGCGCUGAAUCAGGAAGUGGAGGAGGUCUUGGCACUGAAAAGGAUUUGAAGGUGUUGACGGACUCAAGACUCAUCAUUCGGAAUGGGACAGCUGGAGGGUCUGGAGGAGGAUUCUAUGCCAAAGGCAGGGCCUUGAUCAGCAGGUCCACAGUCACCAUCCAAAAUGCCGCAGCCCAGGCGUAUGGUGGAGGUUUUGAUGCACUUGACGAGGUUGUUAUCGGUGAGAUGUCAAGCGUCCGCAUUUCCAGUUCAAGAUCGGAAUGGGGUGGAGGCUUCCGAGCGAAGGGGCACUUGCAGGUGACCAACAGCUCAGUUGUGAGCCUUCAGAAUGUGACCGCUGGAAGUCAAGGAGGAGGUUUCCAAGCCCGUGGACAGGUUGAGAUAGCUGGGAACUCAACGAUCAAAAUUUCCAAUGCAAGAUCGGGAUCGAGUGGAGGCUUCCAUACAGACGGACGCUUGCAGGUGACAAACAGCUCAGUUGUCAGCCUUCAGAACGUUGCUGCUCAGAAUAAUGGAGGAGGUUUCAAUGCCCUUGGAAAUGUUGAGAUAGCCGGGAACUCCACGGUCAACAUUUCCAACAGCCGCGCUGAAUCAGGAAGUGGAGGAGGUUUUGACACUGAAAAGGGCUUGGAGGUGUCCACUGGCUCAAGCCUAAGCAUUUGGAAUUCAACAGCUGGAAGCCAUGGAGGAGGUUUUUAUGUUCGAAGCAGAGUAUUGAUCAGUCAUUCUACAAUUAGCAUCCAAGAUGCUGCGGCCCGGCAGUUUGGUGGAGGAUUUCUUGCAGGAGGCAUUGCACUUGUCAAUGCAUCUACUGUGGCAAUGUUCAGCGCCCAUGCAGGACAAGAGGGUGGUGCUUUUUCCGUGUUUGGUUUGGCUUUGCACAGAAGUUCCGUAUCCGUUAGCAACUCCACUGCAGUCGGAUCAGGCUCUGCAGGACGUGUAGCUGGUCAAGUGCUCCUUUCGUCUCAGUCCAACUUGGUGGUGAAGAAUGCCCAAGGUCUCGACAAUUCCAGCGUGCUGGCUGCAACCUGCCUCCACCUACGCGGCCGGUCACACGUUCUUUUUGGAGGUGUCGUCGGCGGCCAUGCGGUGGAACUGCAAAACAGUGGAUGCUCUGCCGUUUGCUCAAACAGCACCUUCCAUGUUGUAGAGGAUGCAGCCCUCAACGCCAGUGGUCGAUUGAGUUCGGGUCUUCUAUCCCUUGCAGCCUGCCCGAAGGAGAAGGUACGUCUGUCAGGCAUCCACCUGCACUCCUGGUCCAGCCCGUUGCUCAGCACCCGCCUAAGCUUUGUGGUGGUUGACCAAGUGAGUGUCGACUACGAGCCUGCGGUCAACAAUUUGCAGGUCCUAGCUGCCAAGGACAGGCUCAGGCUCCGUGUUUUAGGCUGGAGAGCAUCAGGAUCAGACAGUGUCAGCAAGGCGAU